AUGGAUUCCUCUUUUCGUGGUCGUUCUUUCUCGUCGAUCGUCGGUCAUCUACUGCUUCAGCAAAGUAGGUUGUUAAUACAAGACAGAAAGAAGAUGUUGCUGGCUGUGCUGAUCGCCAACUCUGAGGGCAAUAUCCUCGUUGAACGAUUCAACGGUGUUCCGGGUGAAGAACGGUUGCAUUGGCGGUCCUUCUUGGUCAAACUUGGAGCAGACAACCUUAAAGGUGUCAAAAAUGAAGAACUUCUUGUCGCAUGCCACAAGUCUGUAUAUAUUGUCUACACAGUGCUUGGACACGUCAGCAUCUAUCUUGUUGGCAAGGAUGAGUAUGAUGAACUCGCUUUGUCAGAAGCAAUAUUUGUUGUUACAUCAGCCAUAAAGGAUGUAUGUGGGAAGCCUCCAACAGAGCGCCUUUUCCUGGACAAGUAUGGUAGGAUUUGCUUAUGCCUUGAUGAAAUUGUAUGGAAGGGGUUGCUGGAGAACACGGACAAAGAUAGAAUCAAAAGGCUGAUAAGGUUGAAGCCUCCGACUGAGUUUUGAUGGAACUUGUUGAUUGGUGAUUGGUGGGUGGCUGUUAUGGAGUUUUGUUUGUUAUGAUGUUACAUUUCGUAGUUGUUGUCGUCUUCUUUUGCUUCUGAAUUCUAAUGUUGCUUCUUUACCAUAUAUUCUUCUCAUUUACGCAUCAUCAUAUAUUAUAUAUGGAUUUCAAAUGGGAUUAUCCUAGGUAACAACAUACUUCAUUUCCGCUACUAACAUAGUCUCUGUACAUAAUUUUCU